AUGUCGUUCCUGGGCUAUGCAGCUCUGCUCUUAUGUUGGCUGUAUUGUACUGCAGAAAGAGCCUGUAAAGAGCCUCCUCCUAGGAGGGUUAAAGAAGUGCCUACUGAAAGAUGGGACAAACCUCCCUAUCCACAUGGUACUCAAGUAACAUACAGAUGUCGGCCUGGAUAUAUAAAACUUGGACGAAUUGUGUUUGAGUGUGCUGAUGGAGCAUGGAAGCAACACCUCCCGGCGGCAGAAUGCAGAAAUAAGCCAUGUGGACAUCCUGGAGAUAUUGAAUUUGGUUCCUUUGAACUUACCAGUGGAAGUGAAUUUGUAUUUGGUGCCAGAGUUGAGUACAGAUGUAAUCAUGGAUACCAGAUGCUCAGCCAAAGAAAUUACCGUGACUGUCAGGCAGAUGGAUGGAGCAAUGACAUUCCUCACUGUGAAGUGGCAAAGUGUUUACCUGUACAAGCACCAGAAAAUGGAAGAAUAAUUAUGACUGGUGCGUUUGAGCUAGGCCAAGAGUAUUCCUUUGGCCAGGUUGUAAACUUUCAAUGUAAUGCAAAAUACAGACUUGUUGGAUCUAAUGAAAUAAUUUGCUCUUCUAAUGGAAAAUGGAAUAGCGAUGUGCCUCAGUGCCAAGAGAUUGUCUGUGAUGUGCCAAAAAUUCUGCAUGGAUAUGUACGUUCUCCAAAGGGGUCUUAUAAGGAAUCUGAACAACUACAGUUUGUCUGUGAUGAAGGAUACAGAUAUGGUGAAAGAGCAGAUGUACAAUGUACUGAAUCAGGAUGGAAUCCAACCCCCUAUUGCACUGAAGUUGUAUGCUCUCCUCCGAGAAUUCCCAACGGGGACUUCAGACCUCAAGAAGACAACUAUAUAGAAGGUGAUAAAAUCACAAUACAGUGUAAUCCUGGAUAUCAUUUUAAAACAUUGACUGGCAAAAGCACAUCGGAAUGCACCAAGAAUGGCUGGGUGCCUGAUCCAGGUUGUGUCCAGAAACCGUGUGACUACCCAGCUAUAGAAAAUGGCAAGUUAAGUGGAGGACUGGAGUACUACAAAAACUAUUACUUUCCAAUGAGGUUUGGGCAGCACGCUGAUUACCACUGCAAUAAUGGUUAUUCAACUCCGAGUGGAGAAUACUGGGUUCAAAUGGUCUGUUCUGAAAGGGGCUGGUCUCCAGAGCCAAAAUGCCUCAAAAAAUGUCAUGUCAGAGAGCUGGAAAAUGGUUAUUUCUCACAUAGCCAGAAGAAUGUUUACAAGGAAGGCGAAAGAGUUAAAUAUGUCUGCAAUGAUGACUAUCAUACUGAACAUGAAGAUGGGGAAGUCACAUGCACAAAGGACGACUGGUCACCUCCUCCAAGAUGCAUCCGUAAAAAAAAAUGCCAGAACAUCAAUUUUCACAAUGGUUAUUUCACCUCGGGAAAGGAAACAUUUCAUUUACAGGAGGAGGUCACCUAUCGUUGUCGUACUGGCUUUGUAACUCCAGAAGGACAAGAAACAGGAAUAAUACAUUGUCAAGAGAAUGGCUGGACUCCACUUCCAAAGUGCAUCAAAUCAUGUAAAAUAACUCAUUUGGAUAUUCUGCCUUACCACGCAAACAAAACUAUGUUCAUGCCUGAAGAUACAAUUGAGUAUGCAUGUUUGGAGGGAUAUCAAACUGCAAAUAAUAUGCCAACUGGUACCACAACGUGUAGCAUAAAUGGUGAAUGGAGUCCGACGCCCCAGUGUCUUGCAAUAGAAUGUGAAAUGCUGACAUUGCCCAAUGGAGAUUUUUCUCCCAAGGAGGGUAAAUACCACAAUGGAGAUGUUGUGAAAUUUACCUGUGCAAACAAUUACGUGAGAGUGGGACCUGCCUCUACUCAGUGCUAUUACUUUGGAUGGUUUCCACCACCACCAGCGUGUAAAGUGAAUGCCAGAGGCUGUGGACCUCCACCUGGGAUUACCAAUGGAAGUAUUGCUGGUGGCUCUGUGGAAUGGUAUCAGCAUGGGGACAGAAAGCAAUAUGAAUGCAACAUCGAAUUUAAAUUGGUUGGAUCAAAGGAAAUAGAAUGCGUUGAUGGACAGUGGUCAUCUCCUCCAUCUUGCAUUGAAGACAAAAUGCCAUGUGAAUCACCUUCCUCAAUUCCAAAUGUUGUUGUUCAUCAGAAAGACCAGACCCAGUUUUCACAUGGUGAUGAAGUAAUUUGUGGAUGUAAACAAGGCUCUGGCAAGUCUAAGGAAAUGAAAAUAAAAUGUCUUAAUGGGGAAUGGAAACCUUUACCUCUUUGUGCCGAUCCAUCUCCCCAGUGUGCAAUUCCAGUGAAUGUUGAGCUUGUGCACAGUGGUCGUCUUCCCAAGCCAAAUAAGGAGACUGGGUUCCAUGGAGUUAUACGUUAUAUAUGUACAUCAGCUGACAAAAAUAUUAAAAAGGCAACUUGUGUGUCUGGAAAAUGGUCACCAGAGAUUGUAUGUACAGCUGAAGAGAGUACAUGUCCAUCUCCACCUCAGCUGCCUGGUGCUCAACAGAUAACAGUUGGAAGAAACUACAAGCAUGGGAGUAAAAUAACUUUUUCAUGUCUGGAGAGUUUCCAGCUCAUCGGUGCGAAUGAAAUAACAUGUAUAAAAGGGAAAUGGCAAUCACCACCUCACUGCGUGGAAAAACCAUGUUUGCCACCACAACCUGUAGAAUGUGCUGAUGUUCCCAAGCUGGAAAAUCAAAACCUAAAAAUUAUAAAAGAAGGGAAAACAAUUUAUCUGGCUGGUGCUAAAUUUAAGUAUGUUUCUCGUUCUGGAUACAUGUUAGAUGGAUCAUCAGAGAUAACUUGUUCUAUGGGAAACUGGACUUCAGCUCCUACAUGCUUGG